CACCUUCCCCACUCCACGUUCCUCAACCGACGGCUUCAUUUCUUCCUGCCGCCAUUUUGCUUUUCAAUUUAUUCUUGGUCGUGUCGAGAGUGCGUGUGCUUUUAAAAAUAUACUUACCGUGUAUUAUUAGAUUGAAUACGUGUUAUUUGUUUUGUUUUAAAUUCUUCUGUCGCUGUACUCAUCAUGUCUGAUCGAGAGAGGAGCCGUUCAAGGACCAGAAACGGGUCUCGCGAGCCGGUACCGAAGGCUCCAGUAAUGUCUCGUGGUCAUAGUCGCAGCCGGUCCAGGACUCCCCCGCCGCCAAAGACCUCAAGCAGAAAAUACAGGAGCCCGACUCGUUCCCGGUCGGGCUCCCCUCGCCGCGGGUACCGCUCCCGGUAUUCGCGCAGCCGGAGCCGCUCGUACUCGCCCCGGGGAUCCUACAGGCGCUCGCACUCCCACAGCCCGAUGUCUUCGCGCCGCCGCCAUAUGGGAGACAGGAGCAAGCAGACAGCCCACCUCGUGGAGAACCCGACACCUUCGAGAUGUCUCGGAGUGUUUGGACUAAGCUUGUAUACUACAGAACAGCAAAUUAACCACAUUUUCUCAAAAUAUGGCAAUGUGGAUAAAGUACAAGUUGUCAUUGAUGCUAAGACCGGCCGUUCACGCGGUUUUUGUUUCGUAUACUUCGAGAACCAAGAAGACGCCAAGUUGGCGAAGAACGAAUGCACCGGCAUGGAGAUAGAUGGCAGACGUAUCAGAGUGGACUUCUCCAUCACACAACGAGCGCACACUCCCACUCCUGGCAUCUAUAUGGGCAAGCCCACAAGCGUGAGCAGCAGAGGCGACAACGGUUACGACAGGCGAGGCGGCAGGGACAGAGAGGACUACUACUACCGCGGCGGCGGCGGCGGCUACCGCGAGCGCGAGCGCGAGUACUACCACCGCGGGUACCGGCACCGCUCGCCGUCGCCGCACUACCGCCGCUCGCGCCGCGUCGAGCGCGAGCGCUCCUACUCGCCGCGUCGUUAUUAGUAAGGUGACGCUGAUCAACAGAAUAGAAUAGAUUUUGAUACGACACACCUUCCCAAAUGUCUCCACUGGCCUCCAUGCAUUUUAACUGUAUCUGUAGGCCAUUCGUAUAUUAAUUGAUUACAAGUUUUGUAAGCGCGACUCUAGUCCCGCUCGCCAGAUAUGACCAUUUAUGUUUAUUAGAAGUGAUAAUAAAAGGGUCUUAGCAAUAAGUUAGUGUAAAAACGCCGCGGGCGUUGCCUCUAGUAUGUAAACAUUAGAUCUAAUAAAGAUUUAACACUAAGUCUAAUAUUGAUUUUGUUUGUUUGAAAAGGUAUUGAAACAAGAAGUAAAGGAUGAAGUUCCUUGAAACUAACUGUGUUGAAGUUUUGAAAAUGUUUGAUUGAGAAAGUUUCGAAAUGGCGGUUGCCGAAAACGGGUGCCGAAAGAAAAUGAACAAGUCGAAGUUGUAGAAGCGAAAAGAAUAUGAUCAGCCUUAGUCAAGCUAGCAAGACGAAGAUUUCGCCGCGCACAGAUCAUAUUCUUUAUCUUCCAACUCUAUAGCUAUCUAUAUAUGUACAGUACACAACAGUAUUUCUCGUAUAUAUAAAUAUAUAUGUUAUAUAUAUAUAUAUUUUAUUUUCUCUUACGUGAUCAUUGCAUUUCUUUUUUCAAAUUAAAUACUAUCUAUUUAUGUAUCAGAGGUCGUCAUUCACAGUAAUUAGUAGUAGAUUUGUGAGCGAACUAUCAAUAAAUUAGUUUUGUAAUACCA